CAGCACGAAUGGAGGAACAUUGUCUCUUCUAUCUUGCAGCACUAGCCAUUUUCAUACUCAUGCUUGUGAUGACCUUCUUUAUCUCCUCCCUCCUGCAGACACCGCCGCGGCGGCACAAAACUGCCUCCCUCCCCCUGCCGCCUGGCCUGCAGCCUCUCUCCGUCCUCGGCACAUUUUUCGCGCUCUUCCGUCGAUCGGAAUUCGACGUCGAGCCCCUCCUCCGCCGCCUGCACAGCCGGCACGGCCCGGUCGUCAGCUUCCGCCUGCUGUCGUUCCCCCGCCCGCCCAUCUUCGUCUCCGACCGCGUGCUCGCCCACCGCGCCCUCGUCGGGCGCGGCGCCACGUUCGCCGACCGCCCUUCCGCCAUCGACCCCGGCCUCAUCAUCUCCAGCAACCGCCACAACGUCACCGGCGCCCCCUACGGCCCCGUCUGGCGCGCCCUCCGCCGCAACCUCGCCACGAAGGUGCUGCACCCCUCGCAGCUCCGCGUCUACUCCCCCGCGCGGCGACAGGUCCUCGACGUGCUCCUAAAAGAUCUUGAAACCAAAUCGAGCGGCGGUGCAGCUGCCGUCGUCGUCAUGGAGAGCUUCCGGUUCGCUGUGUUCAGCCUGCUCGCAUUCAUGUGCUUCGGCGAGCGGCUCGACGAUGAGAAGAUACGCCGGAUCGCGUCCUUGCAGAGGGAGCUCCUCAGCAACUUCGUCAGCUUCAGCGUCUUCGCCGUGUAUCCGAAGAUCACCAAGCUGCUUUUCCGGAGCCGGUGGAAGAAGCUUUUGGACUUUCGGAGUAAGCAGGAGGAGACGUACGUUCCGCUGAUCGAUGCGCGGAGGAAUCUGCUGCUGCGGCGGCAGCGGUCGGAAGACGGAUUCGUUUAUUCGUACGUCGACUCGCUGGUCGAUCUUGAAAUUCCGGAGGACGGCGGAAGGAAGCUGAAGGACGGUGAGAUCGUCAGCCUUUGCUCCGAGUUUCUGAGCGCCGGCACCGACACGACCGCCACCGCGCUGCAGUGGAUCAUGGCCAACCUCGUAAAGCGGCCGGACAUUCAGACGAAACUGUACGAAGAAAUCGAACGUGUGGUCGAGAAGGACGCUGUGGUGCGAGAGGAGGAUCUGCAGUGGAUGCCGUAUCUGAAAGCGGUGGUGCUGGAGGGGCUGCGGCGGCACCCGCCGGGGCACUUUGUGCUGCCGCACACGGUGACGGAGGAGGUGGAAUUCGAGGGGUAUCGGAUUCCGAAGGGCGCGGUGGUGACUUUUUCGGUGGCGGAGAUAGGGUGGGACGGGGCGGUGUGGACGGAACCGAUGGAGUUUCGACCUGAAAGGUUUCUGGAAGGCGGGGAGGGGGAGGGGGUGGACAUAACGGGGGUUCAGGAGAUCAGGAUGAUGCCGUUCGGGGUGGGGCGGAGGAUUUGCCCCGCGAUGGGGCUCGCGCUGCUCCACCUCGAAUACUUUGUUGCGAAUUUGGUGAAGGAGUUCGAGUGGAUGCCGGCAGCGGAUGGGGAGGAGAUCGACCUGACGGAGAAGGUCGAGUUCACCGUCGUCAUGAAGACGCCGCUCAAAGCGAGAAUCGUGCCCAGAAAGAGAACUUGA